UGUGAGUUGAUUCACUUACUCACGCACUAACAUUAAGUCGCCGCUUUCUCUCUCUCUCUCUCGCAUUUUUUUAAAACUGGGGGAACACACGAAGCAGAGAAACACCGACGCCUCCGCAAGGAAUUUCUCAUUCCGGAGCUGUGAUAUUCUAUCGGCCAACAUUGUUCACGUGGCGAGAUCAAAAGAAGAUACUGAUGGUGGUGGCCCACGACCCAAGCCAGUGCCAGCUGGGUGGGCUAUAAACUAGAAGAGAAGUCUCCGUCUUGGCAGUGGCAAGGACCCAGAAUCACCUGUUUGCCCCCAACCCUGCGUGCCCAUCCGGCUUCUCCCGUGCCACGUGGCUGUGGAAUCAGUUCAGUGUUGAGCUGAGUGAAGUUGUCCACUCUGGUACAGAAGCGUGAUGGCUGGAGGAGAAACUGUUCCUGAAUCCGGUGGUGUCAGCGGGGCAGACACCCUCUGGAGAGAGAAGUUCAUUCAUAUUUCAGAGUGGAAAAGUUUAAUGGCUUACAGGUAGAAGGCAGGAAGAGAGAAUAAAGAUGAACACAGUAACGUCAAUGGAUAGACACAUCCAACAGACGAAUGAUCGACUGCAGUGUAUUAAACAGCACCUACAGAACCCAGCAAACUUCCAGACUGCAGCGACCGAACUGCUUGACUGGUGUGGCGACCCACGAGCGUUUCAGCGGCCCUUCGAGCAGAGUCUGAUGGGAUGCUUGACGGUUGUCAGCAGAGUAGCAGCUCAGCAAGGGUUCGAUUUGGACCUGGGAUACCGGCUGCUGGCUGUGUGUGCUGCAAACCGGGACAAGUUCACGCCAAAGUCUGCAGCUCUCCUGUCUUCCUGGUGUGAGGACCUGGGCAGGCUCCUGCUGCUACGCCACCAGAAAAGCCGACAGAACGACACCCCGGGGAAGCUGCCCAUGCAACCGCCGAUGAACCCCAUGAACUCCAUGAAGCCCACACUCCCUCCUGGGCCCCACAGCGAUGGGUCAUUUACCUAUGACCCUGUCCCUUGGCAACAAAACACAAGUCAGCCUCCAGGCUCACUGUCUGUAGUUACAACAGUGUGGGGAGUCACGAACACAUCACAGAGCCAGCAGGUGCUGGGGAAUCCGAUGGCAAAUGCAAGCAACCCUAUGACCCCUGGAGGCAAUCCGAUGGGAUCCGGCAUGUCGGGAAGUAAUCCUGGGAUAAACUCGCCGCAGUUUGCUGGACAGCAGCAGCAGUUCUCCACAGGCAAAGGUGGCUCCAACCAAGCAUACAUGCAGCAGAGCAUGUACGGUCGACCAAACUACCCCGGGAGCGGCAACUUCGCCAGCAGUUACCCCGGAGGCCCCAACGCUCCUGGCUCCAUGGGUAUUCCUCCGCACAGCAGGCCGCCGACCGACUUCACACAGCCCGCAGCGGCAGCGGCCGCAGCAGCAGUUGCAGCCGCGGCGGCAACGGCCACUGCCACGGCGACGGCGACGGUGGCCGCCCUGCAGGAGAAGCAGAACCAGGAGAUGAACCAGUAUGGACCGAUGGGUCCGGCCCAGGCCUACAACAGCCAGUUCAUGAACCAGCAAGGUACUCGAGGACCUUCCACCAUGCAAGGCAGCAUGAAUCCAGGGGGAAUGGGGACGGGGAUGACUCCGUCCAGCAUGAGUGGGCCACCCAUGCCCAUCAGUCAGCCCCGCCCGCCCGGAAUGAACCCGGUGUUCGCCUCCCACGGCCAGCGAGUGGCGCAGCAGGGCUACCCAGGCCCUAGGCCGCCUCAGCAGAUAGCAAUACAGGGGGUGAAGCGGCCGUACCCAGGAGAGCCAAGUUACGGAGCCCAGCAGUAUGGACCAAACAGCCAAUUCCCCAAUCAGGCCGGGCAGUACCCUGCUGCCAACUCCCAGAGGCCCAUUACGUCGCCCGGUUACCCAGGACAGAGGAUGCCAGGCCAGCAAAGCACAGGCCAGUACCCGCCGCCUCCUGUUAACAUGCCUCAGUAUUACAAGGCAGAGCAGUUUAACGGGCAGAACAGCAGUUUUGCCGGAAGUGGAUACACCUACAGUCAAAGUAGUCUGAAUGGGUGUCCUCUCUGUCUCUCCAUCACUAAUGCUGGGAAUGGAAAAGAAACCAAACCUCCAAGGUCCGUGGCAAGUUACCCUCACUCUCCUGUGCCAGGAAAUCCCACUCCACCUAUGACUCCAGGAAGCAGUAUCCCGCCGUACUUGUCUCCAAACCAGGAUGUCAAGCCUCCGUUCCCACCCGACAUUAAACCCAAUCUGAGCUCCUUGCCGCCACCACCUCCAAAUGCUAAAGGGAAAGUUGACACUUUCUCUCCCUCUUUGGUCUCAGCGAACGAUGAACUGCGGCUGACCUUUCCAGUGCGAGAUGGUGUCGUGUUGGAGCCCUUCCGACUGGAGCACAACCUGGCCGUCAGCAACCACGUGUUCCAUCUGCGGCAGUCGGUGCACCAGACGCUGAUGUGGAGGUCUGACUUGGAACUUCAGUUCAAGUGCUACCACCACGAGGACAGACAAAUGAACACAAACUGGCCAGCGUCGGUGCAGGUCAGCGUGAACGCCACACCGCUCACCAUCGAGAGAGGUGACAACAAGACAUCACACAAGCCCUUGCACCUAAAGCAUGUCUGCCAACCGGGAAGGAACACCAUCCAGAUCACAGUUACUGCCUGUUGCUGUUCACACUUGUUCGUACUUCAGCUGGUUCACAGACCGUCCGUUCGAUCAGUCCUUCAAGGAUUGCUGAAGAAGAGGCUUCUCCCCGCUGAGCACUGCAUCACAAAAAUAAAAAGAAACUUCAGCAGCGUGGCAGCUUCUUCGGGUGGCGCCACGUUGAACGGGGAGGACGGUGUGGAGCAGACGGCAAUCAAGGUGUCUCUGAAAUGUCCCAUCACCUUCAGGAGGAUUCAGCUUCCAGCAAGAGGUCACGAUUGCAAACAUGUACAGUGUUUUGAUUUGGAAUCGUACUUACAGCUGAACUGUGAGAGAGGAACUUGGCGGUGUCCUGUAUGCAAUAAAACGGCACUCCUGGAAGGACUUGAGGUUGACCAGUACAUGUGGAGCAUCCUUUCCAAUAUACAAAAUUCUGAGUUUGAAGAAGUCACCAUUGAUCCGACCUGUAGCUGGAGGCCAGUCCCACUGAAGUCCGACAUUCACAUUAAAGAUGAUCCCGAUGGUCCACUCUCCAAGCGGUUUAAGACCAUGAGCCCCAGCCAGAUGAUUAUGCCCAAUGUCAUGGAGAUGAUAGCCGCCCUUGGGCCUGGUCCGUCACCAUACCCGUCCCUACCUCCGCCUCCAGGGGGCAGCAGUGGCAAUGAGUAUGGCAAUCCGGGUAACACUUACCCCAGCCAUGGGAACUUUGAUUUCCCACAUGGUAACCCUGCCGGUGCUUCUAUGAACGACUUCAUGCAUGGGCCCCAGUUGUCGCACCCUCCAGAUAUGCCCAACAGCCUUAUGACUCCUGACAAGCCUCUCAGCCACUCCAUGCCAGACCAGAUGUCUCAUCCUGGCAGUACUGAUCAGUCCCAUAGUUCCAUGCAGAAAGGUAUGCACGCACCUCACCCCAGCAGCCAAUCAGGGCAGCCAUUACAUCACAGUGGUCCCGCCCAGCAACCCCGGCAGGUUGUUCCUAGCAACCAUCCACACAGUGAUCUGACCUUUCACCCGCCCUCCACCUUGGAAGGUCAGGCUGGUGGUCAGGGAGCGUCUGACAUGCCGGAACCAUCACUGGAUCUUAUUCCAGAAUUCACAAAUCCAGAUGAGCUCCUCUCCUACCUUGGCCCUCCUGACUUGCCCAGCAAUAGUAAUGAUGACCUCCUUUCUCUGUUUGAGACCAACUGAGAGCCCAACCCUUCGUCCAUCCUUUGCCAGGUAGCCGCACAAGAAGUCAAACACCCUUUUCUGCAAGCAUCCAUACACUAGAUGAAACGGUGCACUCCAGGAUCCUAGUCCUUCGGGAAUGAUCUUCUUACACACUUCCACAGGCAGAGAGCAGCGUGGGCAGAGGGGUGGGGAAGGAAGCUUCUUAGGUCUUGCUACUGAGUUCCGGAUAUUCGCCUUCAUCAGGAAUAUUCUUGUAAGCUUUAUCAAACCGGUGUUCCGAACAAAUAGGAAGAGCUCCAGGUGCUAAAUUUGAGAAAACGGCAACGAAGAGCGGGAAGAAAUUAUCUUCGCAGACCAGUCCCCAAGAUGUUCUUUUCCACUACCACUCUUAUUCCCGUCCCGAGUCCCUCUAAAUCACCAGAAGCUGAAAUCUUCCACACAGCAGCUCCUGCAGAAGGAGCGAAUGAACUAAGGAAUCACAGGCGUAGAGUAUUUAGGUCAGGAUGCAACAAGAAAGCACAAAACCACUGACCUGGAUAUCAAAUUGGGAAAUUGGUGCAAAAGCAGUGAAUGAGAAGUUGUGACUUCCACACCCAACGGGUCUCCUGUACAGACAUUUCCUCCAGCUUGCAAUGCAAGGGGCCGCUGACAGCCUGCAGUCGGUAUGCAAGCGCAUCCCUCCCUUGCAGUACUUUAGAGCAGUCCUCGGGUGUUUUGCCAGCGUCCUGUCCUUCCUGAGAGGACGGCAGACGGACCUCUCGCAUCUGUGACUCAGUCUUCUUCAGAUGGCUCACGGCGACGGCAGCAAUCCUAGGGCCGUUCGCUGCAAUGGACAGACUGACAACCAAACGGGAUCCACCGGCGGAGCCGGGAGCCCUGAUGAUCAGGGACCGAAGGCAUUGGCAACUUUUCCCUGGUCUGUGCUUUCCCUCGGAGACAGAUGCUCUCCUUGCAAGUUUGGGAUUUGAAACAAUACUAAAGUCCUUGCACCAGUGAACCUUUCCCUCUUUUGUCAUGCAAGCCUCUGGUUUAUUUGCAUGAGCCACCUCUUCUCUCUAGUCCUCAUUCUGUCCUGAUGUACCUUCCUCAGCGUUGUUCAAUAGCUGGCUGACAAGAAAGAGGAAAAACUGCCUGUGCGAGUCAAUUGCCUGUACCCAUGCAGUUAAUACAGUCUGACCCCUUCUUACACCCACCAAGGAAUCAAGUAACUACACUCCCAAAAAUCAUACUUUUUUAACCUGGGACACUAUCAUCUGCCAGUGUCAAAGGAAUUUGUUGCAUUUCCUGAUAGUUAUUCUGUUUUAUUUUAUUUUUCAUUUUUAUUGAGUUGAUUUUUUCCCCAACAUAAAGCUUGCUGCUGGAAACCCUGUUCGAUGCUUUCACCUCCAAAGCCGCCUUCUGUUUCCCAUCCACCCUCUUUGCUCCUUUUCAAAGAAGAUGACAUCUGAUCCAUGACGCUGUAUAUUGAAUGCUAGUUCCCAGUAUGCAGCUGUAGAUAUGAAAACGAAUGACUAUUUGCCUUUGCCAGUAGCAGUACUGAAUCUGUAAUCGUCCUGUAGAAACCUGCCAGGUAAAUGAAUACACCUGAAAUGCUCCCAUCUCCUGUAAAACACAAUGUUCCGUAUGCAAACUGUUUAAAAUGUGAUUGUAAAUACCUUUGUGAAUAUUUUAGAAACGUCUUUGAUAAUAUUCAACAUUUUUCCACGACCGGGACUGGUUGUCUUUUCCUGUGCUUUUUAAAUUGUGUCCCGUCCAUUCUUCCACAGAGCAGAGGAACCACUCUCCACCCUUCCCGAAAUAUAGAAGUAAUGUUUCCAUACCCUUUCUAGCCCUCUUAAAUCUCAAGUGUGCUCGAUUGAACAUGUCAAUAGUGCAGUGUAGUUCACUUCUGUUAAAUGAAUGAUGUGUUUCACUUGCUGGCAUUAUAAACAGCUUAUGAUGUUUUGUUACUUGGUUUUAUGGUUUCUUUUAACGGAAAGAGAAAUUGCGUAAUAUCAUCUCUUCAUUGGUCUUUGUAAAUGUCAAAAUGUUUGAUGAAUGACAGGUUGUGUAUAAAGGUACUCAAUUUGCAGGGAGUUAUCCUGUUAAACAUGUUAAUGAGUAAGGUGUACAGAAAGAAGGGAGGAAGUCAAAAUGAUCUUAAACAUAUGACAGUCAUAUAUUUCAUCCAGGCAUGAAUGUUGAUAGUUGCUGGCAUAUUGGAUGACAAUUAUUGAGAAGAAUCUUAUCCCGAGAGUUUGAGACUAUAAUGUGAUUGCCCAAGGAAUAAAUAAAUCUACAUUUUCUGAGAAGGUUACAUGCGUAACCACAUCAGCAGUUAGCUCUCAGUGUAACCUAACAUCCUUGAGAAUCCUCUUCCCCACUCAGUGGGCUCAACUGACCCAGCAGGAAGUGACAGUUUUCUGCCCGACUCUUGUCUUGGCCGUGUGGACAUCACAGACUACUUCCUGCACCUCUCAUUUCAGUUUAUCCCCAUUCUAAGGGCAGCCAGUCUCUUGGCCCGGCAAGGUACUGGUUCCAAAGUGGGAGCGUGUUCAUUUGAAAUGGCUUCAACAAAAUGCCUAGGAGAAGCGAAGAGUUUCCAAUGACAGAUGAUGCACUGCCAAUGAGUUUUUUUUUCCUGAAAAAAAAUUCUAACAUGUUGUAAUGUUACUUUAAAACAAAGAGAAAAGGUCAGUGAGUGAGCACUGGCAUGUUUUGUGUUGAUUUUUUUUUAAAGAGCUGUUUCACACACGUAGUCUCCAUGGUUUUACAAGUAUCACUGUGGAAACCUGGCUGGGAAGGGACCUCGGUGAUUUUCGAGUCCCUGCUCGGACUUCUGUAAGGACAAAGCAGACAGACAUACAGAGACAGAUAGCAGGGACUAAGGGACAUGUGUACAUAUGUAAAUGAUAAAGGGAGACAUGUUCAAUGUAAAGAAAAGUGCAUUCAUUUUCCUGAAAUGUGCAUUGUCUCAACCAGCUUGAAGUUCAUCAGAAGUGACUGUGUGGAAAGAGAUAUACUGUUUGUGAAGUCUUGACAUUCAUUCACCUCUGUAAUAUACGCUGAUCCUUCAGAUGAAACCUUUGUUUUACCUACGUGUAAUAUUUAGCUUCAGUGUAUUAUCAAGUAGAUCACCUGCAUAUUUUUAAGGUGCUACAAAAUUAAUGAAGAAAAUGAGGGGGGGGGGGGGUUAAAAAAGAUUGUAACCAAAUUCAUAGUUUGUACAAUUUUUGAUAUCAUGAUCAUUCAAGAAUUCAAAAAGGGUACAAUCUCCUGUGUCACCUGCAAAUAUGGCCAUUGUUUUUUUUCCCGUUUGUACAUUGUAUGUACAAUGCAAUCAUUUCAUACUUUAAACUGGUCAGAAAACUAAUUGUGAUUUUUAGUCUUGCAAACUGUAUGUAGUUAGAUGAUGUGACAACCUAAUAUUUAUCUAAUAAAUAUGUAUUCAGACGAAA